AUGGUGCUUGAGAUCAAGCCGUCCCACGCCUCGAUCGCGGAGCGCCGGCAGCUGCGCAGACACGCGCAGCCCGAGCACCAGUACACGGGGCACGUGCCGCCCGACCCGCGUGACGUUGACGUAGCACCGGCUCCGGUGCGAGGCAAGAUCAAGCACGCGAUAGUCGGCUAUCAAGGGCACCGCCACAACCGCGAAGAUAUGAUCGGCGUCACGUUCACAAAGGGCCUUCAAGUGUGCACACCGGCGACUACGCGUAAAUUGCAUCCGAAGAAACGAAGCGGAGAGAAGGAAGGCUCGGGGUACGGGCAGUUUGACGAGAUUAGUGGCUACGGCGAGUUCCAAGCGCCACCGUCGCAGCACUCGAUCGACGCGACGCGAAAAGCCUAUGAGCGAGCGCUCGCAGCUGUCGGUGGCGCCCCAAAGCUCUCAGGCAUCGCAUCGGCGAUUGCAGCUGCGCUGCGCCAGAAGCUGACGAAGAAGGGGGCGCUGCAGAAGCGGCUUCAAUUUGCGUUUGAACACGUCGCGUACCCAGACGGAUCGGUGGACCGACGUCGGCUGCAAGAUGCCCUUAGCAGCCUCAACUGCAGCCUCACCGACGACGAGCGCACGGCGCUCUUUUGCCAGUUUGAUCCGACGUGCAGCGGUCGCGUGUCCAUCAACCACUUGAUCACGCUCAUUGCCCACCACGCGACCUUGUAAUGUCAAGAAUAAAUAAUCAAAUUGCUACUGAAUUAUGCCUG